GAAUUUCCAGCACAUGUGGUUCUAAUGUCUAAUUAUAUAUUAAAUUAAUGUCUAAUUAUAUAUUAAAUUAAUGUCUUAUUAUAUUUAUCUUAAAAUGUCAUUUUUACCUAACUUACCAAACGUUACGGUCUACAUUUAGACUACUCGAUUACUGCAGAUUCAGAUCAAUCAGCCAAUCAAUAAAUCAUGACGUGUUGUAGAAGUUUAAGAUCGUCUUGAUUCUGGGGGUGAACUAAUUAAAAUAACUGAUUAAAUGAUUAAAGCAUCAAUAAUCACGAUAAUAUAAUAUAAUAUACUUUAUUCUGUGAUGUUUAAAGUAUUUCUUAUUGUCAUUUUACUUGAGUAAAAGAUCUGAGUUCUGGUUCCAGUUCUGCUCUGUGGUGCUGAUUCUAUUGGAUCUAAUUAAUUCAUGUUGAUGCACAAAUGUUGUCGAUGGCAACAAAAACUAAAUCUUAACUUAAUCACUCCGUCUGCUCCCGACAGUCAAGCUGAUUACAUAUUUAAUAUGGACGCUCAAUAAAUUCUUUAUUUUUAUGAUUUAUCUGCAGGAUAUCAGAACAUAAUUAACAAAACAUUGAGAUGUUUUUAACUUUUAAAGCUACUUUUGGAAACGUAAGCUAGAAGAUUUAUUUCUGUUAACUCGUUGGUGGAAGAAUUAUUGAGAAGAAAUUAAAUGUUUCUGGGUCGUUAAUCAGUCGACUCGUCUUCAUCCGUUUUUCUUACUGUGCAAAUAUUGAUUGAUUGAUAAGUGACCACAAGGCGGCGCCGUUGUUAGCAUGUUGUAUAAUGUUAUAUAUGAACACUGUUGUACUUUAAAUGAGAUAAAAUCACUGAAAGACGUUCGCUUGAAGAAAAGCAGCAUCACAAACCUCCGUAAGAAGAUGGAUGUUUUUACGUUGACGUACGUUUUGAUGCUUUCAGGCUCAUUUGUGUUUCAUUACGUACAAAAACAGACGUGUGUGUCAAACUAUAUCACAGAAAACCUUCCAUUUCUGUCCAGAAUCAGUUUAAUUGCAGCUCCAUAAUAAAAUAAACACUCUCAGUUCUCGUCAUUUCUGUGGUUAAGAGACGUCUGAGUGAAAGCUGAUGACAGUAACACCUGUCAGUAACACUCACACUUAUUCUGGAACAGGUGUUGUUGAUUUUUAAUUUUAUAAGCCUGCCAGAAACAAAAACCUGAACUCCCCACACGUCCGGACUCCGACAGAGCGUCUCCGUGGGUCCUUCUAACUUCCUGUCGACCGGACAUACAAACACCUCCUCCGACCCGUCUCACACUCUGAAGCCAGCAUGCCCAUCAUCAGUAACGCCAACCAUGACUUCAGCACGUACUCCAUCAGCAGUGACGACAGCAGCCUCGACCGCUUCUUCACUGAGAUCCCGGAGACCGAGACCAUCAAGGGUGUUUACUUCCAGAGAGCCCAGCUGCUGCGUGACCCCAAGGCCUCGUACGUGGUCGACCACACCCUGCAGGUGCUCAUCAACGUCGGGGGCAACCGGUACACCUUCCCCUGGAGCACCUUGGAGCAGUUUCCCCAGAGUCGUCUGGGACGUCUGCGCUUCUGCACGACCCCCGAGGAGAUCGCACAUCUCUGCGACGACUACGACGAGACGUGCCAGGAGUACUUCUUCGACCGAAACCCGACAGCCUUCAGGGUCAUCCUCAACUUCCUGGCUGCGGGCAAACUGCGUCUGCUUCGGGAGCUGUGCGCCGUGUCGCUGCACGAUGAGCUCGACUACUGGGGCGUGGACCCGGGCCACAUGGAGCGCUGCUGCCGGCGCCGCAUGAUCACGCGCGUGGAGGAAGUGGCCGAGCGAGAACGCAAACAAGAGGAGUGGAGGCAGAAGAGGAUGCUGCUGACGAAGCCCAACACGCAGACUGAGAAGGGCUAUCGACGGCUGACCUGGAUGCUGCGGGAGGUGGUGGAAAACCCUCAGUCGGGGCUGGCGGGGAAGAUGUUCGCCUGCCUCUCUGUCGUCAUGGUGCUGGUGACCGUCAUCAGCCUCUGCAUCAGCACCAUGCCAGACCUGCGAGAUGAAGAGAACAGGGGCGAGUGCUCCCAGAAGUGUCAGAACAUGUUCGUGGUGGAGUCCAUCUGCGUGGCCUGGUUCACGCUGGAGUUUGUGCUGCGAUUCUUCAACGCUCAGAGCAAGUUGGCCUUCGCUCGCGGCCCCCUCAACAUCAUCGACGCCAUCGCCAUCCUGCCGUACUACGUGUCCCUGGUGGUCGAUGUCAGGGAUGAGUCACAGGAGGACGUCAUCAUGGGAGCCGGCAGAGGUUAUCUGGACAAACUGAGCCUGAUCCUGCGGCUGCUGCGGGCCCUGCGGAUCCUGUACGUGAUGCGGCUGGCUCGCCACUCUCUGGGCCUGCAGACGCUGGGACUGACCAUGCAGCGCAGCAUGAGGGAGUUCGGCCUGCUGCUGCUGUUCGUCUGCGUGGCCGUGGCGCUCUUCUCACCUCUGGUUCACCUAGCGGAGAGCGAACUGGCGCCGUUUGCCGCCACGUACCCUCAGCACAGCUUCAGCAGCAUCCCCGCCUCCUACUGGUGGGCCAUCAUCUCCAUGACCACGGUGGGCUACGGCGACAUGGUGCCUCGCAGCAUCCCCGGACAGAUAGUCGCGCUGACCAGCAUCCUGAGCGGCAUCCUCAUCAUGGCGUUCCCCGCCACGUCCAUCUUCCACACCUUCUCCCGAUCGUAUCAGGAGCUGAAGCUGGAGUACGAGCAGCUCUGGAAGGAGGAGCGAGGGAAGGAAAUGGCGGCAGAGUCGGAGGGAAGCCGGUCCAAAGUCGAUUUGUCACCAGACGAGCUCUCGUCUGCGUCGAAGGAAGAUAAUGACGGACCGGUGUCGUGCCGGAGUCAUCAAUCCACACUUCCCUCCACAGCUUUCUAAUGGAGCACAAGAGAGCAAUCAAACACUCUGACUCAGUAAUUAUACGUUAAAAAUGGUGACACUUGACAACACACUCUAUCCUAUAUCUGUCCUUCAGACUGUUACGUAACGGAGACUAUUACACCUUCAGUGUUUAUCUCCUGACAGGUUAUAUUAAGCUUCGUCCUACCUGCAAACACAUCACACGCAGCACUAUGAGACACCAAUGUAACUAUAACUUCAUUUAUCGGCGCUAUUUGUGUAAAAAGAAAUAUAAAUUAUAAUCUCACUGCAACUCUUGUGCACAACAAGUAUAAAAACAUCUUUUUAUUUUAAACUGGAGACACUAAACAGACUCGCGUUACAUUAACGUCAGCUGUCAGCCAAUAUUUGGAGUUUCGUGUCAUUUGUGUGUUAGACAGAAAGAGGCGGCGUGUUAGCUUAGCUUACUAACGUUAGCAUUGAUUACCAUUAUACGUAAGUGUUUGUGAGACAGAACAGAUUCUGGCCCGCGUUAUCCGUCUCUGUUUAAUGGGUCCAGUUGUAAUGACAACACAAACCGUCUCCUGUAAUAUCAGCAAUCAGCAGAGACGGACCGAACACGGAUGUUGUGGAAUUUAAGUUUUAGGCUGUUAUAUUAAGUAAUAAAUGCUUUCUGUACCUGCAACACAUAUGAUACGAUUUAAAUAAUAAUAUUGACACUGUUAGUAGUCAGUCAUUGGUGAUAUCGCUCCCUGAGGAACAACGUCAGGGCCAGUUUCACUACAGAAUAACAAAGGUAAUUAAAAUGUUUUUUCUGGUUACAUUUCACAUUUUUGUAAUUUAUAAAGAAGCUUAUGGUCUGUAGUUUUAUCAAGAUGAGGGUAAGAAAGGCCAAGAUGUAGUGGAGACAGUUAAUAAUGUAAACUUCCAAUUAUCAAGAUGAUUUUUAUCGUGCAUCCUGUAUGAAAAACAAUUUGAUGCAGUUUGAUGAUUGAACUGAGAUUAAUCAUCAUAUGACAUCAACAACUAAAGCACAGACAAGAUGCUCGACUCAUUAAUCCUGUUCGUAAUGUCAUUAUUUUGCUAAUUCUUUGUCCUGUAGUUCCUGUUUUUCCAUCUCGUUAACGUCACAAACUGACUAAAUCUUCACUGUGAUAGUUUAAACAGCACGACAUGUUUCUGCAAGUGUAACAGGUAAGAAAUGAAAUGAGAAACUUCCAGUGUGCAGCAGAAAUAAUAAUAAAUAUGAUAAACAUAACUUGUGUCGCAAGAUUCAUACGAGACACUCAGGAAAUGACGAGUGUUUCAUCAUCAUCCUGAUGUGUUUCAGCUCCUCUGUUUGUGUGACUUCCAUUCAUUUUUAAAAUAAAGUCAGUACCAAGUAAAAACCA